AUGGCACGUGGUCUCUUCGCCUGCUUUGGAUCAAAAGGGGUCGAGGGUACGCCCCGCGAAAAGCACGCGGGAGCGACGGCGGACAUUACUGCCGAGGAACAGCGGCGGAGCGGGCCAGUUCUGGUGGAGCUGUUCUCGUCGCAGGGGUGCACCACCUCGCCGGUGGCCGAGCUGCUGGUGUCGAGGCUUGGGAGGGGGGAUUUUAAUGAGAUGGACCUGCCCCCUGUUGUGGUCCUGGCCUACCACGUGGACUACUGGGACUACAUGGGCUGGAAGGACCCAUUUGGAUCCAGCCAGUGGACUGUACGGCAGAAGGCCUAUGUGGAGGCCUUGGGUCUGGACACCAUGUUCACCCCCCAGAUUGUGCUUCAAGGUAGGGCCCAGUGUGUUGGCAACGAUGAGAGUGCCUUGCUGUCGUCGAUUAGGGAUGCACCUAGAUACACUGCACCGACGUUCCAGGCAACUUUCGAAAGGCCCUCCCCAGACUCCUUGCAAGUAUCUCUAACAGGAUCCUUAAGGUCAAAGGUGGAUAGUUAUGGUGCCAAUGUGAUGGUGGCGCUCUAUGAAAACGGGCUGAUCACAGACUGCCCCAAGGGAGAGAACCAAGGACGUGUCCUGUCCAGUGACUUUGUUGUCCGAAGACUUGAAAAGCUCUCUACUGUCAAAGACGUCAAUGCCAAGAAGACCAUUUCGGGGACUCUCAACUUCCCCUUGUGGGAAGGCUUCAAUCCCUCCAAGUGUGGUCUGGUCCUCUUUGUUCAAAACCCCUCCCAUCAAAUUUUUGGUUCACAGAACUUUCAGCUGCCGGAUAAUUGA